AUGAUUACAGCAGCAGCAGCAGCAACUGCACAACCCGAAAUCGCUUUUAUUUCAGGGCCCAUCGACACUGGACUUGAUAAAUCCUACUUCCACAUCCACUACGUCCCUCGUAUUCAGCAGGCCCUCGAGCGCGGCGACCACUUCGUGAUCGGACCCAUCCCGACCGGAGUGGAUGCGGACGCCCUCGCGUACCUCCUUGCGUACCCCGUGUCGCCCACGCGAAUCGCCAUCUUUGUGACCGCAGCCGAGCAGGAGAUGUGGGGGGCGCACUUUCGCGCAUCCGGGGUCCAUGUGCACGUCGUUGAUGGGCAGAUGAGCAGCGAGCGUGACGCUGCGCUGACCCAUUCCAGCACGUAUGACAUCUUGCGGGUGCGGACCAGGAAAGAAGCAAAAGCGUUUUACGGCAAAUUCUUUCGUGAUGGCCACGUCACCAACACAGAGCGCAAUUGGAAGCGUCGACGCGGCAUGGCGGAGGACGAGAUCGUUGGGCUGGACACGAUCAAUCAAUUGGAUUCUCCUACGGACUCUCGGAAGCCCCAGAGUGCCUGGCGAAGUUGGGCAGCGGCAUGGGGCCGUCGAUGCUAG